AGGCAUUGGAGUGAACUGGGUUAGGGGUGCAAGAAAUGGCGUCAAAACGUCCGUUUUGCGAUGCAGACUUUUUGUGUGCUGCUGUCACGAUGUUUUCGAUCGUCCUGUGGCGCUUCUGUGCGGCCACAGUUUCUGCAGAGACUGUGUUGAGCAGUACUGGAGCGUCAGUGACUCAAGACAGUGUCCAAUGUGCAGACAAAUAUCUGCUAACACGCCUUCCCUUAACUUGGCUCUUGGAAACGUAUGUCAAGCAUUCCUGCAUCACAAACGGCAUUUAGAGGAGCUGUGUAAAGUUCACCAGAAGAAACGGACUCUGGUGUGUUGUGUUGAUGAGCAGUUAGUGUGUGAGAUUUGUGGACAAUCUGAAGAGCACAGAAAUCACACAUACCGUCCAGUUCAAGAGGUCGUGGAGGAACAUAAGGGAGUUCUGCGGUCAGAAAUUGAUCACUUGAAGGAGAACAUGGAGCUCAUGCAGCAAGCUGAUUUUGAGGGGGAUUUAUUGGCACUUAAGAUGAAUUAUGAUGCAGCGGAUUUGGAAAAUCGAAUCAAGGCUGGGUUUAAGGAUAUUCACCAGCUUUUGGAUGACGAAGAAAAGGCAAUGUUUAAUGAACUAAAACUGGAAAAGAAGGAGAAACUAGAAAGUCUGAAAAUUAAAAAUGAGAUGAUCAGUGAAGAAAUUCAAAUGCUCACAAAUACUAUUAAAGACUUGGAAAAGGAGUUAAAUAGCGGGGACAUCAGAAUAAUUCAGAAAUUCAAGGACACAUUGGUGAGAGCCCAGUGCAAACCUGAGGAUCCAGAGAUGGCUCCAGGAGAUCUCAUUGACAUUGCAAAGUAUGUGGGCAACUUUAAUCACAAUGUUUGGCAGAAAAUCAGACGAUCUAUCAGUUACACUCCUGUGGUUCUGGACCCUAACACAGCCAACUUUCACCUCACAUUAUCUGUUGAUCCGACAAGUGUUUGGAAUCCCAAUAAAUCUGAGGUGAUUAAUGAGCAGAGUAACAAUAACAUUGAGAGAUUUGCUGAUUGUCCCUGUGUGCUGGGCUAUGUGGGAUAUUCCACUGGGAAGCACACCUGGGACGUUGACGUGGAGGAGAACACGUCCUGGAUGGUGGGUGUCGCCGUAGAGUCUGUCCAAAGAAAAGGAACCAAUGGCUUGCCCAGUGGAAUCUGGUGUAUUGGGCAUGACGGGGAAGUACUUAGUGUCACGGAUCCUCUGGAGUCCCGUGUCCCGCUACAUGGAUUUGCGAAACCCACAGUAGUGAGGGUGAACCUGGACUUGAGUGCAGGACGGCUGUCGUUCUCAGAUCUUCUGGGAGAGACGGUCUAUCACACCUUCACACACAAUUUCACUGAGAAGGUCUUUCCAUUCUUUUAUACUAAGUGCCAUUUUCCUCUCACUAUUCUGCCUAAAUCGUUCAAUAAAGAAAUCUAAAGUGCCUUUGCAUUUGAACCGAUUCAGUGAUUUAGUUUUGUCUUUUGCUUCUCUGAGGCAGAUUUAAAUUUGAGUUGAAGUA